AUGACACCGUUCCUUCUGCUACUGCUCGUACCAUUCGUCAAUGGUCAAGGAAAGGACCUGGAUGUGCCGUCGAAUGUGGCCAAUCGCUCGAUGGCUAUCAGAGGUACACUUUUGUGUGGUGCUCAAGGAAUGCAAGGAGCCACGGUUCGAUUAUUCCGAAUCUAUCAGAAGGAUGCUGUAGAUGAUCUCUCGCAACUGCUUGGUCAAGUGCACACUGGAGAAACAGGAUACUUCCAAAUUGAAGGAUCCACUGCGAAGUUCCCUUCUACGCAAACUGAAAUCGAACCAUUUGUGACCAUUCACCAUAAUUGCGACAUGGAUCCACGACAGACAGCUAAUCUUGGCUACAAACGAUGGGCAAUUCGGUUACCGGCAGAUUACGUUACCACAGGAUCAAGAGCACGAAAGGUAACAGUCGAACAACUUCGACGGAGAAUUAUUUUAAGAAUUUCCAAAUUCUGCUCGCAUUGA